GAUCCCUUUAAUUCAUGUUCAUAUGAUCUAGUACAACCGUAUAUCAUGUGAAGCCUUGUGUGGAUUCUGGGUGUCAUAAACAGAGUAUUUACAAAAAGUUUCAGGUUGAUGUACUGGAGGUCAAACAAUAUAUUUCAAGGAAAUAAUCUUCUCGUGUCAUUUGAGAAAGUUUUCUGUUCGCUGUAGCUUGCUGCCGAUCUGCGUUGAUGAAUAUGACAAAGACGAGAAGCUACAAAAAAAUUCAUGAUGAACUUGACAAAUUGCUCAAACGCAAGAUUCUGGUAUUUGCUGAACUGGGCAACAAGAGUUGUAAAGAGUGCAUUGAAGCUGGUGCGAAUGCUGUUAUUGCAAGAGUGAGUUGCGAUGCAAACCAGAACUGGAACGAAAUGCGACAAUUGUUUAAAGAUACAUCCGCUGCUGUACAAUCCUCCAGCAAUGAUAAGCAGCAAGAAAAGGUUUUCAUUGCAGCGAAACUGAACCUGAGUAAUGAUAUCUGCGAGGGCGAGUUUAAUUUUGACCUCGCAGCAAAUAAGGUGACUGAUGUUUUAGAAGAACUUGAUUUUGCUGUAGUAGAUUUGUUGAUUCUUGAUUCAAUACAGGACACAAGGAUUGCAAGAGCGGCAAUUUUUGCUCUUGAAACAUUCAAGGAGACAGAAAAACAAGUCAAAGAUAUACCACUGAUAAUAUCAUGCUUAGUCGAAGAAAAUGGACGUUUGAAAUGUGGUCAGACUGUGGACGCCUUUAGUGGAAGCGUUCGUUAUGCAAAUCCCUUGAGUAUUGGGGUAGAAUGCAACGAACAAAAACAUAUUGUAUCAUAUUUGAAGUCACCAUACGUCUCAGACGUCUACUCAAGUCUCAAAAUCACUGGAUCUGGCAUACUUGAGAAUUGGGCGCAUAUAAUGAUUCUACAUGACGAAUGUACCGUUGAAGAAAUGAAGCAAUGUGUCGAAAGUGCAAAGCGAAAGGAAACACCAGAACAAUCUGAAAGAAGUCUCGAUUGCAAGGCGCUCCUGUUGUCUGGAUCCAAUGUACUACGUAAGACUAUUGGCAAAUCGGGAAAAGGAAAUGUGGACGAAGGUUUUUCCAGUGAAAUAAGAAAUUUUUUGAUAAUCGGACAAAGAUGCGACAUUGCCAAUAUAGCAAAGUUCAGAGAAAUAAUUCUUAAAAUUGCCGAACUGAACGAUGAAAUCUGCAAAGAUAUUGGAGACGAAAAACCAGUUCUAGCACCAGAGGGCAACUCCUUUAUAUACGCUUUCCAUGGUUUGCUUCAACUAUCGAGGCGCUUGGCGAAUACACUUCAAAGAAAUCCUGAUAUAUUCGAAAACAAUCUGCAACGCCUAGCAAGCAUUCAAGUUGAGCAGGACAAAGCAUUAGAAAUCGCGAGAAGUCAGAUUGCAAUGGGAGCUGAUGUCAUAAAUCUAUUGUUUGAUCCGAUCAGCUACAUCUCAAGGAAAGAAUUGCCCAUGCCAUCUGAGUGGAUGAAAUGGUUCAUAAAUUUGGUCGAGUCAGAUUAUGGAGACAAAAAAUCGACCCUACCGAUCUGUUCUAUGCCAUUGUGCAUCAACUCCGGGAAGACUGAAGUCAUAUUGGAAGGUCUGAAGUAUGCACGUGGAAGAGCAAUUGCUAAUUAUCUUUCCUUUUACAAUGGCAAAGAGCAAUUUAUACAAGAUGCGAGGGUCAUCAAGAGACUUGGUCCUGGAGCAAUAAUAGCCUUUGCACAGGACUAUAAAGAGGCGCCGGCCAGAACUCCAGAGAAAAAGGCAAAUCUUUGCAUCGAAAUGUUUAAACUGCUCGUGGAAACCGUCGGAUUUCAUCCUAAUGAAGUGAUUUUGGAUCCCGUAGUGACUCGUACACCUAUCAACAGCCAACCUGGAGCCAAUGAAUUUGGAGAGACUUUUUUUGAAGCAAUUUCUUUGAUUCGCAACUGCUCAGAUCUUCGUGAUUACAACGUUCGUCUGAUAGGCGGAAUAACAGCAGUUUCGCAGUUUUACAGAGGAUAUAGUAAAACACGAAUUGAUUUGAACAGAUCCUUUCUGAAACACUGCUUAGAAGCUGGUAUGCAUCACGUGAUCAUGGAAGUGACAAAUAUUGCUCACGAGAUCAAGCAAAACCUCGUCGAAGAUCUCGUAACAAACAAAGAUCCAGAAGCUAAACAAAAGCUGAAAGCAUUCAGUUGUGCUGAAAAUUACGUAAACGAGGAUCAGUAAGAACGUCUGACCAGUAUAUGUACAUAAUAUAUAUGAACAUUAAAGAAUAUGAAUUCUCAGAAUAUCAGUAUACAAUAGCAAGCGUGUUUUUUAUAAUAUAUAUUUCAAUGAUGUCUUUGCAUUGUUGUGGUAGUAGAAAUUAGAUACCUUUUCAGUACGAGCAUCUGCUCAUCCAUAGGAAUUGAAUACUUUUUUAUUUAAAUUGAGGUAAUAAAAAAAUUUCAAGCGAACUCUGCAACCACUAGACAACAAUACAAGAAGUGAAUAUACAUCAAUGUUUCGAAAAUAUUACGAUAAAUGUAAUUUUAGUAAUUUGUAAGUUUUUAGAAGCGUCAAACAGAAAGAUUUCACUGGUUGUCAGGGUUGAAAAAUAUUGUCAAAAACUGGUGCUCACACUUAUGGUUUAUGGAAUUCACAGUAAAAGUGGUAUAAAAAGUAUUAAAACGACUAUGCCUUAUAAAAAAAGAAAACGAUCUUACGUAUUCAGUAUCUAUACAAAACCAUUUUGUUAAUGGCAUUUCGUUAAUAACUAUCUGGACCCGUAGUGUAGUUUUGUUAUUGCCAGUUAUGUGAAUAAAGAGCACUGGAAAUAUAAUUAUUAAGAUGAGCUUUAUGCGUUUUUAACAGUGUAUCACACGAAGUCUUUUGUCAGAACUGGUUUUCUUUUCCAAUCAACUGAAUAUCCAUGCACUCGGAUUCACAUAGAUGGGUUUUUAGUAUUGAGCUGAUACUGACUUAACUUUCUUGCAACCUUACAAUACACUCAACAUUGCUUAUACAUUUAUAUAUAUAUUUCGAUUUCCCAAGAAUGUUUGUCAAACGGUACUUUUGUCAACGCACACAGUAAAUCUACAUAAGCUAUGAAGUCACCUGGGCGAUGUUUUUCAAUCAAUUCCAAUUUAUUCGUUUGAAUCCACUACUGAAAAAAAAAACGAUCUAUGAAGCAAUGAUGUUUGGAAAUCGUUGUCAGCAAAAUGUUCCCAACGCUGGUAGUUCAUUACGCGUUAUCUCCUUCAGUAAAUUUGCCAAUUUAGAUGACUGCCAAUUGAACCAUUCACUACUAUAUUCAUUUGCAACCAUCAACCAACAUCGGAUAACAACAAAACUUAAAAUCUCAGUUAUUCAUCAUUUUGUAAUAAAACUACUAAAUUUCGGGGAUUCCCGUGUUACGUUCAGAGUCUAGGCGAUUUCUGUGCCUACAAAAGAAAAAAAGUGGUAUAGUAUUGAUAUUCUAUUUUAAUAUAAAU